AUGCCCGGGGAAGACUCUUACUACAAGCCACAAACAAGUCGACAGGCCAAGCGUGCAGCAAAGAAAUCGACGAAAAGCAUAUCCGAGGCCGAGCGCCGCAAACUGGUUCGUGCUCAAGAGCUGCAUGAAAGGGCGGAAAGGCUGCGAGAAAAAGAAAGACGCCGGCAGGUAAACGCUCAGAAGCGGAAAGAAAAAGAGCAGCGCGAUCGAGAGACUCGAAAACGUACAGGUGUCGUCGACCAGAAUGCGUCCAAGUUUCCAUCCUCGCAGCAAAGCCUGGCAAAGUUUUGGGGUCCUAUGGGAGCCGCUCAGAAGGAAGUUGACGUGGAUGAUGAAAAUAAGGAAAAUAUAUUAGAUGCGAUGGAGAAUUUGGACGACCAAGAUUCAGCGUGUGCAGAUGUGGAAGAACAAUCCGAUGGUGAAACCAGCGAGGAGGGCACCAGCUGUCUUUUGAAAGGCGACAAUUCGAGUGAUACGGCGGUUAGCAAAGACGCGGAGGCCGAUCAUAACGAGAAGCAUGUCCGUGGAGAAAGACAGCCUCUAGCAGAAGUCAGCGCUGCUGCAGUGUCUCAAACUGACCGGCCCAUCGACAAGUCGUCUCAAUCUUCAGAUGAUCGAUCGAAGUGUGGCAGAGACACGAAACAACAAGAGACGCCUCACUUGUCAGACGAUUUUAUAUUUUAUGAUCUCGAAGACUUCUUUGUUAGCGGAACCCAGCUUCAGCAGGAACUAGCCAAAGCUUCUCCGCCGACACCUCGACAUCAGGUGCAGCGAAGCCCGUCGGCUUGCAUUGAGAAGAAUGCUUCGAUGCCACCACCGCCCGUGCCCUCCACAAGACAACCAGAAACAGCCAUCCCGGCCUUGAUUUCCUCGCAGGAUCUCGAAUUUUCAGAGGAGGAUUUGCAAGAGCUUUUCAGCACUGAGAAAAUAGAUUCGGGUAAUUCCAAUGAUUCCGCAUCGAAACGUGAGACAACAACUGCAAAGGAAUCGAAGACGGAAGGUUCAAAUUUAAAUACGACCCCACAAGAGCCAAAAGAAUUGCCUAAAGCGCCCUCGGCACCCAGCAUGCCUGUUUCGGAAUCUCAAGCAAAUCAAGCGACUGAGACUUCUUCUUCUUCGCUCCUCUUCUACACGGCCGAAGAUUUUGAAUUUUCAUCACAAGAGCUCCGCGACUUACUUUCCUGA